GAAGGUUACCUCUGUUUUGGGAUUGCACUUUGUUUCCCGGUGUGUAGGUGGGGGUGGGUGCAAUCGGGUCGACUCCGGGCCGCGUGGCUGACCGCGUCUCUCCCCGCCGUGGCGUGCGGUGGUUCGCCCCGCGCACUUCCCUGUUUGGGGCAGUUCGGCCCGCAGAAGUCUGUUCGGGAGCUGUCAGCGCGGGCGGGAGCGCGGCGGGGCGCGGGGUGGGCGCGGCCGACCCCGUCCCCGACCCAGCCCGCGACCCCCGACCUCCCGCGCCUCCAGCACCUGGCCGUUGCCCGCCUCUCCGCGUACCGCGCCCGUCUCUCGCUUGCUUCGUUCUCUCUUUCUCUCGCCGGCCGCCGGGCGGGCGGGUGGGCACCGGAGACCCCGCCGGGGGCUGAGGCUUGGCAAGCGGGCGGUGAGGGCCCGGCUGCGGCCUUCUCGCCAUGUCCUCGGCCCGCGAGAGCAGUGGCCACUUCCCCUUGCACCUCCUGGUCUGGAACAACGACUACCAGCAACUGGAGAAGGAGCUGCGGGGCCAGGAACAGCAGCACGGAAAGAAUCAAGUUUGUCCGGCUGAAGAGGAUAGGCAUGUUUCCGAGUAAUGUGGAGGCUCUGGAUCCACGAGGCCGAACCUUACUGCACCUUGCUGUUUCCCUGGGACAUUUGGAAUCUGCUCGAGUCUUGCUCCGACAUAAAGCAGAUGUUACAAAAGAAAAUCGUGAGGGAUGGACAGUUUUACAUGAGGCUGUGAGCACCGGUGAUCCUGAGAUGGUGUGUACCAUUCUUCAACAUCGGGACUACCACAACACAUCCAUGGCCCUGGAAGGAGUUCCUGAGCUGCUCCAGAAGAUUCUCGAGGCUCCGGAUUUCUAUGUGCAGAUGAAAUGGGAAUUCACCAGCUGGGUGCCCUUGGUUUCCAGAAUAUGCCCGAAUGACGUCUGUCGCAUUUGGAAAAGUGGUGCCAAACUGCGUGUGGAUAUCACAUUGCUGGGAUUUGAGAACAUGAGCUGGAUAAGAGGGAGGCGUAGUUUUAUAUUUAAGGGAGAAGACAACCGGGCAGAGCUGAUGGAAGUCAACCACGAUGACAGAGUGGUCACCACUGAGCACUUUGACCUUUCCCAGGAAAUGGAGCGCCUCACUCUGGACGUGAUGAAGCCAAAAGGCAGGGAAGUUGAGAGGCGGCUCACGAGCCCAGUCAUUAACACCAGCCUCGAUACUAAAAAUAUUGCUUUUGAAAGGUACGCGUUUAGGGUCUGCAUUUUAAUGUCUAAUCCCUUUACUGCCGUCUUUAGUGGCAUGUAGAUAUCAAUCGGAAAUUUUGGGUGGGUUGGGGUUUUUCUAAUAUGGUAUAAUACACAGUAGUGGGUUUUUAACACUGCUUUCUGUUCUAACCAAGUAGAAGCCAUGGCUGACGUCCUCUUCCAUAGAUCAUUUUUUAGCACAUUGGUUACAUCUUGGAGAAAUGUCUUCAUAUUCUUUUGUGGGCCCUUUCUAAUGGAUUUUACUUGAAUUUUUUGUUUUGGUGUUUGGGGAUCCACAAGACUCCCCAGUCCCAAACCAUGGAGCUUUGAGUUUCUGGAAGCUAGAAUUGACCCAGUAUUGAUUGUGGUUGUACUGAUAUUAGUCAAAUUCACCCUUACCAUAUUGUUUAAUGUGGUCCUUUCCCCCUGUGAGGCCUAGUAGUUUAGAGCAAGGGUCUGGAGGAGUUUUCGGUUCUAUUCCAGAUUCUACCAGAAGAAACCUCUGGAGAGGUUUGUGCCUUGGUUAACCUGGAUGAGAACAGUGUCUCUGCUCAUCUGCCUCUGGGCCUUGCAGAGGCGUGGAGAGCUUUUGAGUGUAGGGGAGUAGAGGCUGUAAGAGCUGUUGGCCUGAGUGUUUUUACCUCAGAAUACACUGAGCUGAGGGAGUCGGCGAGAGCCCUGAGUGUUUGCCUAGGAUGUCACAUCCAGCUCUCUGUAAACCAGAGCAGCAUAACCUGCGCUAACGUGGACACAUAUUAUCCUGGAUUUAGGCUUUCUUUACUCUUAAUGAAUAUACUAACUUUCCUCCUUUUUCUUUUUGUUCCCAUAAAAUUUGUUAGUAAGACAGAGUUUUCUGUUGAGUCAAACAUAAGAUUGAAGUGCCCUUUUCUUCUGAUUUAGAUGAACAGUGGAAUUAGGGCAUCUGUUAGUAGCAGAAGAGAAAACCCAAAUGUUGGCGUGUGUGGUGCCCUGAUAACCACUGCUGCUUGGGUACUGGUACCCCUGUGAGGCAGGGUCAGUCCCCCAUCAACAGCCUCCUUGCACCGGCCUUGCCAGGUGAUGGCUGUCUACUAGGGACUGACUGUGUCUUUACCUGGGAGGGUCUGGGGAAGAUCCCUGAAGCCUGGCACAUGCCUCUGCAGACAGGAAGAGUACCUUCAGCUAGAGCUCUGUUGGUAAAGCUGGGACUAGAGGAGACUGCACUCACCACUUCAUCCCAGCUGUGGUGAGGGGAGUGGGAAGAACUGAGUGCCACUGGCAGGGCCACUAAACGACUGUGUGGCUUUGGGGAGGUGGCUCAGUCUCUCUGGGUUUCAGUGUCCUUGAAAGAAGGAAAGGAGUGAAUCUCGAGAUGACAUUGCUGAAGUCCCCACGACCCUAA